AUGGCACUACUCCAAUACCUCUUCUUCUGGAACCUGAAAGCCCCAGAACAUAACAAAUGGCAUCCAGAACCAGGCAAAAGCCCAACCCAAUACAUUGACAAUCUGCCACUAUCUCUCAAGCAGCUCGACGUGCCCGCCACAGUUGUUGACUCCGCCCCCGUGAUAGCCGGGGUGGGAGGUCUGGCACAUCUAUCUCAAGCGCAUGCCUUCGGAUUCACAGCACGAGCUUCAGUCUUCAGAAAUGUCAAGACAUUGACGGCAAUUCACACUACCACGUUGGUGGUGGCGCCUUUGAUUUUGGCAUUGCAAGCUUCUGGUUUCGAGUAUCGGUAUUUCAUCCCGCGCUGGGCGUCGGACAGAGAAUUGAGGCGGGAUGAAGAGGAAGUGCGACAGCAUGUAGAUGUUGGCAUGGCGUUUGGUAGUCUCAGCUGGAUUGGGAGGUUGGCCUUCAAGCUUGGAGCAAGGUACUGGGCGCCCAUCGAUGUCAUAAUGGGUGGCGCAUUGGCAGAUCUGAUGCACAGGGAAUAUCUGAAGGCGCAUGGGUUUUGA